AGUCAGGAAAAAAUAAUUGUUUAGCUACCUUGUUCUCGUUCUUUCGUUUAUUUAAAUCUUCUCUUACUAGACAGAAAAUGGAUUUGUGUUGCCUUCAAAACUAAUCACAAAAGUACGGAAUAUUCGUAACAAAUAAAGACUAAUUUCAUUUAUUGCAUCGAUAUCUACUUUUCAAUAUCACAAUUGAUUUCUACAAUCGCCGGAACUAAAAACUCUAAUCGGGACUGUUGUUUUGUUGUGUGCUGUUGUUUAUUAGCAUUAUGGAAGUGAGUAUCCAGUCAAGUAACAGCAAUCACAGCACCAAAUCGGAACUGGAAAAGGACAUAAGCGACUUGGAUGUUAGUGAUAAGAAAAAUGGCCUCAAUGGAAGUGCAAAUAUCAACAAUCAUAGCAAUGAGAAGUUGAACACACUAAAGAAACGGAUAUCAAGUGGUAAGACACCAAAUAGAACACGCGAAACAACGAAAGCAAAGCGCGUUCGAUUCUUUCGAAAUGGUGACAAGUUCUGGACGGGAUAUUUGGUUGCUGUUUCAAAUGAGCGCUACAAAUCCUUUGAUAGCCUCGUUGAGGAUUUAACGAAGCAAUUGGGUGAACGACUAAACGGAGCAAUACGAUGCAUCUACAGUUUAGAUGGAAGGAAAGUUGAAAAGCUUGAUGAUCUCGAAGAUAAUAAAAGUUACGUGUGCAGUUGUAACAAUGAGAAUUUCAAGAAAAUUGAAUAUUCAUCAGCCAGUCAAAUUAAAGCACGUUUAUCAAAGAAUGGACGACCUUUGUCACCGAUGAAGAAUGGAACAACGAAUGGAACAGCGUCAAAAGAUAUCACGUCAGUUGUUUAUCCUCGCAUUGUAACAUUAAUAAGGAACGGUGUAAAGCCACGAAAGAUCAUGAGAUUGCUUUUAAACAAACGUAACAGUCCAACCUUCGAUCACAUUCUGUCAGCAAUCACUCAAGUUGUUAAAUUGGAUUCGGGUUGUGUACGAAAAGUAUUCAAAAUUGAUGGAACGCCUGUGACAAAGUUGGCUGACUUCUUUGACGUAAACGACGUUUUCUUUGCAUAUGGAAAUGAGAGAGUUGGAAAUGACGACUUUGAGCUUGAGCCUGAUGAGAGUAAAGCCAUCAAACAGACACAAAAAACGCUUAAGAAUGGAGCCGUGCGUAACGGUCCCAAGCCAAAAAUGCCAGUAAAGUCGCAUAAUGACACAUUCGCUGUAUGUGAUGAUGAAGAAUUACUGGUAAGCGGUGGAAUCAGAUCUGAAUCACUUCCUGUUGAUAUUCAAAAUCGAUUUGCGCUUGGAAAAAUUAUUGGUGAUGGAAACUUUGCUGUUGUGUUGAAGUUGAAAGAUAAAUUGAGUAGUGAUUGUGAAUAUGCUUUGAAGAUCAUCGAUAAAUCAAAAUGUAAAGGAAAGGAACAUUACAUCGACGCAGAAGUUCGUGUAAUGAAGAAACUUAAACAUCAACACAUCAUCUCGUUACUUAUGGACAUUGACACAACAACAAACAUGUACCUUGUUCUUGAACUUGUUCAUGGUGGUGACUUGUUUGAUGCCAUCACAAGAGUCACGCGCUUUUCGGAAGCACAAUCAAAGAUUAUGAUUAAACAUUUAGCAUCAGCUUUGGCUUAUUUGCAUGCAAUGAGUGUUGUUCAUCGUGAUGUGAAGCCAGAGAAUCUGCUGGUGGAGUUGGAUAACGAUGGCAAUGUAAUUAUGUUGAAAUUAGCUGAUUUUGGUUUAGCAUGUGAGGUGACGGAACCGCUUUUUGCUGUUUGUGGUACGCCGACAUAUGUUGCACCAGAAAUUCUUAUGGAGAGUGGAUAUGGCCUGAAGAUUGAUGUGUGGGCAGCUGGCAUCAUCCUUUACAUUCUUCUCUGCGGUUUUCCGCCUUUUGUCUCUCCUGAUAAUCAACAAGAGCCGCUUUUUGAUGCGAUUUUGUCGGGUGUCUUCGAGUUUCCAGAACCUUAUUGGGAUGGAAUCGGUGAACCUGUUCGUGAUUUAAUUAACAACAUGCUUCAAUCAGAUCCCGAACUUCGAUUUAGUUCCGAAGAUAUUCUUGAUCACUAUUGGCUGAUGAAUGAAGAAGACUUUGAUAAUUAUUUGUAAUGGUAAACUUAAUGAUAAACUUGAACUUCCCUCCCACGAUCAAUAUAAUGUCAGACUGCUUCAAAUUUCCUCAAUGAUAACGACGACAAUUUAUUGAAUUCUUUCACCGGUUCCUGUUUAUUUUAACUUCCCUUUUUUGUAUCUUUUUUAAAGACUACGCGAGUGAGAAAUCUUUCGUGACUGACCUUAUAAAAACGAAACAAAACACAAUUUAAAGCAAAAAGAAUCCAUAAUUAAGAAAAGUUGUUUAUGAAGUGAAAGAAUAUUUAUUUAUUUUCUUAUUGCAAAUCCACAAAACCGCAAGUAGUUGAAAUCAAACCAAACUCCAAAUAAACGAAUAAAAGAUGAGAAGUUAAUUCAUAGUGAAAAUCCAUUGAAAUUCCUUAAAUACAAUUCAAUUAUUAGAAGUUGUAAAGAAAUUGUGAGAAAAAAUAUUUGUGAGAGAACAAAUUCAUGCGAAAGAUUCAAUGAGAUUUACAUGUUCAUUAAUAUGAACGAACAAACCUGUGUUGAUGAUUAACUUGUCUGAUUAUUGAAGGCAUUUGCUAUCUUUAAUUGACAUCAUCUUGACUGUAAUUGGAAUUUUAUUUCCGCAUGAAUUUUUUGUAUAAGAAAAAUGAGUAUUCAAGCAAAAGUUUGUUCUUUUUUUAAUUAAAAUAAUUUAUCUCAAGUUACUUUGGCGGCUGUUCUCAAAAAAAGUCGUGUAGAGAUUUGAGAUGUAAUAUUAAAGAAAAAAAUCGUAGUUAAUUAGCAAUGUAAAGGAUUAAUUACUUAUAGUACUACAAACUUAGACUUAUUGCUUCUUUCUCGCUUUUUCCCUCUCAUUUCGUUUCUUAUUGAGAAACAUUUACGGGGAAUUUUAAUUAAAAAGAACAUUAAAAUCAAUUUUUAAUGUUCCAUAAAUAGCCUGCAUACUUGCGCAAAGCUUUUCAAUCAAAUCAUUCGAAUGAAUUGCAAAUUUGUAAAUUAUUAUUUAUUUUCUAAUAUUUUGAUUACCUUUGUGAAUCUAUCUUGUAAAGAAAAUGAUGUCAAAUGUCGCUUUAUUUAUUAUAAUUAGAAAAUUCAAUCCAAUAAGCAUUCAUAUCAUUAUAAAAAUGCGUAGAUUAAUAUUUUAUUUUUAUUAUUAUUUUGUCACGUUGUUUCUUGUUUAUUAUUAUUUUUUGUUUUAAUUAUAAAAAUGAAGAAAAUGGAAAAAAAUAAAUAUAUAAAUAUAUAAAGGAAAAGGUCAAA